UUAACAAAUUGACUUGAAGCUUGAAUCAAAAGACAGACACACACGACGUCGUCUGAGCCGGUACCACUUCCACUCCUUUUCCCCUGUUUGGUUUCCGAGGAAAUUUCCGCUCCCAAUUUUCUGCCCUCACUCACUACCACUGCCAAAAACCACGUAAAAGUUCCUCAAUGGAGAGUUCUGAGGAGGAGAACGAUGGAGUCUCUGGGAGUCAUAUACCUAAGGAGCUGAGUCGUUUAGCUUCUACUGGUUUGAAGUUUGUAGAUGAAGUACUUAAUGGUCAAAAUGAAUUGUGUUUGGAGAACUUCCGCAUGGAUAAGGAUGUAUUCUAUAAGUUAUGUGAUAUUCUACAAGGCAAGGGCUUAUUACGUCACACAAAUCGAAUCAAAAUUGAGGAGCAGCUGGCCAUAUUUUUGUUCAUUAUUGGACAUAAUCUGCGGACAAGGGCUGUUCAAGAAUUAUUUCGUUAUUCAGGAGAAACUAUUAGUCGUCACUUUAACAAUGUUUUGAAUGCAAUAAUGUCAAUUUCACUGGACUUAUUUCAACCUCCUGGCUCUGAUGUUCCUUCAGAAAUCUUUAAUGAUCCUAGAUUCUAUCCAUAUUUUAAAGAUUGUGUGGGAGCAGUUGGUGGUAUCCAUUUACCUGUGACAGUUGGUGUAGAUGAGCAAGGACCUUUCCGCAAUAAGAGUGGUGUGCUUUCACAGAAUAUUCUGGUAGCUUGCUCGUUUGACCUGAAGUUUCAUUAUGUUUUGGCUGGAUGGGAAGGAUCUGCUACAGAUUUACAAGUUUUUAACUCAGCAAUCACAAGGCGGAAUAAAUUGCAGGUCCCUGAAGGUAAAUACUAUCUUGUAGACAACAAGUAUCCAAAUGUGCGAGGUUUCAUUGCUCCAUAUUCCAGCACUCCCUAUCAUUCAGCAGGAUUUCCUAGCGGUUACCACCCACAGGAUGCAAGUGAACUGUUCAAUCAACGGCACUCACUACUACGAAAUGUCACUGAUCGAGUUUUUGGGGUUUUAAAGGCACGGUUUCCUAUAUUGAUGGCUGCUCCUUCAUACCCAUUACAAACCCAGGUAAAGUUAGUGGUGGCAGCUUGUGCAUUACACAACUUCAUUCGCAGGGAGAAUCCAGAUGACAGGCUUUUCAAGAUGUAUGGAGAGGAUGCAUCAUUUACAAUGGAGGAAUCACUACCCCCACUAGAGGCGGAACUACGGCCAAAAACGGAUGUUGAGGCCCAGUGCCAGUCAUUGGAUCUUACUUUUGAUGCUGAAGAAAUUGCACUUGCUUCAGAGUCAAGGGACUUCAUUGCAACUGGAUUGUGGAAUGAUUUUAUCCAUGGUUUUGCUCCUAUGUAAAUUUCUUGAACAAGGUUAUUUUCUCAGGUUAGCUUUGAAGUUUUCUCAGGAUCUACAUGAUAUAGGAUAUUGAUUUCAACCUUCAUAUCGUACAUUGGCAUUUUGUUCAUAAACAUAAGUAUGCCAGUAGAUCGCAUCUCAUCAUAUAACAUUUUGCUUUAAGGCAAAUGAAUUUUUCAAUCCUUGUCAAAGGAUGAACACAAUAGGAUAUUGCUUAUUGUAGUGAAAGGUGGAGUCAAAAGCAAUUUAAGAAUGUGUUUGGGUAA